AUUGCCCAUCUCCAUCUCAAUCUCCCUCUCUCUCUAGAAUCAAAAUCAAGAUCUCCCGAAGUCUCAUGGCCUCAUGUUAUAUUAAUACAUCUCCGACCAGAUAAAACCCUAGCCCUUUCAAUCCGUUCAGCCAAUACCAUCCAUACAUCUAUAGCUAGCUAGUAAAAGCAAUAAUGAAGGCAGAUCUGAUUCGAGAAAGCACUUCUGUUGAUCAAAACCCUAAUGUUUUGAACAGCCAGCAGAAUUCUCUGUCGGGUGCCCUUAGAGGAUGCCUUGGUAACCUAGACGCCGCUUGCAUAGAGAAGCUCCUACUCCAUUGCGCAAGUGCCUUGGAGAGAAACGACGUCACUUUGGCUCAACAAGUCAUGUGGGUUCUUAACAACGUGGCUUCUUCUACCGGUGACCCUAACCAAAGACUCACAUCAUAUUUCUUAAGGGCACUUGUCUCCCGUGCAACUAGGGUUUGUCCAACCGCCAUGAAUUAUUUCGACACUGCUACAUGUGGGGGGAUUCAAAGGAGGCUGAUGUCGGUAACUGAAUUGGCAGGAUAUGUUGACCUCAUCCCUUGGCACAGGUUUGGCUUUUGUGUUUCUAACAGUGCCAUAUUCAAGGCUGUUGAAGGAUGUCAUAGAGUUCAUAUUUUGGAUUUUAGCAUCACUCAUUGCAUGCAGUGGCCUACUUUGAUUGAUGCAUUGGCGAAGCGGCCCGAGGGGCCACCUUCGCUAUGCAUCACCGUGCCGUCGUGGAGACCUCCUGUCCCACCAUCGCUGAAUGUGUCCAUCGAAGAAGUUGGCAUGCGGUUGGCGAAUUUUGCCAAAUUUAGAGACGUUCCUUUCGAAUUCAAGGUCAUUGAAUUCUCCAGUAGUUCAAUGUUGAAUCUCAAGACUUUGAAUCUCAUUAGAGACGACGAGGCUUUAGUAAUCAACUGCCAGAAUUGGUUGCGGUACUUGCUUGACGAGGAAAACGAGAUGAUUAAUGCUUCGUCGUAUCGAGAUUCAUUCCUGGAAAUAGUGAAGGAUUUGAACCCGAGAAUGGUGGUGGUGGUGGACGAAGAUUCGGAUAUGAACUCGCCUAGUCUUUGCUCGAGGAUCACGACGGGGUUUAAUUAUCUUUGGAUACCCUUUGAUGCAUUGGAAACAUUCUUGCCAAAGGAGAGCCGUCAAAGGAUAGAAUAUGAAGCGGACAUGGGCCAUAAGAUCGAGAACAUUGUGGGGUUUGAAGGGAUACAAAGGAUUGAAAGGUUAGAGUCGGGGAUGAAACUAUCGCAAAGAAUGAAAAAAGUAGGGUUUGGGAGCGUUGGGUUCGAUGAAGAAACGGUGAGGGAAGUCAAGUCGUUGCUAGAUGAGCAUGCGAGUGGAUGGGGAAUGAAGAAGGAUGAAGACGAUGUGUUGGUGUUAACAUGGAAAGGUCACAAUUCGGUUUACGCCACAGCUUGGGUCCCAAAUAUUAGUGGCUAGCUAGCUAGGUUUAAUUAGGGUUUAGGUUUGUUGUUUCUAGCUAAUUAAUGUAGUAUACUAUGCAGUUUUGAUUAUAAUUGGGUUUAAUUAGAAAUUAACUAGAAGCUUUAAAUUAUGUUUAACAUGUUCUCAUCAACAUUAAAGUCAAUGCAUGUCGGUUUUUUAGAA